UAAAACCGAGAACGAACUCGCAUUAACAAGCAAAACACUGUCGGACAGAGUAGUCUACGAACCUCGAAUAGAGUGAAACUUCUUUUGUGAACCAAGAACUUAAUAUCAGAGAAGAUGAAGCCAAAGUUCGGAAACGACUUGACAAACACGAUUCUGCGACAGUCCCAGGUCGUCCAAACGCGGAUGGCAGGUCGUGCAGUCAUCAAGGUGGUGAACAGGUGCAAUGACGCUAAGGAAAACAACAGUUUAAACCUGAGCGAAUGCCAGCUGUGUCAGGUCCCCGACGCCGUGUUCCACCUCAUGAGGAACACGCCCCUGACCACCUGUAAUCUGUCCGGGAACCUCCUGUCCAAGAUUCCUCCCAAGUUUGCGCUCAAGUUCUGCCUUAUUACAGAACUGAACUUGUCCCACAAUAAGAUGUCCAAGUUGCCCGAGGAGCUGGGUGACUGCAUCGAGCUCCAGCGCCUGGACUUGAGUCACAAUUCCUUCGUCAACUUGCCAAAUGUGGUUUUCCGGCUGCCGAAGGUGAAGGCCAUCUUCGUCAACAACAACUACAUUAUGGACCUUGAAGUGGAGGAGGUGCAGAAGGCCAAGACCCUGGAGGAGUUGGACGUGCGCGAGAACCCCCUGACGAGAAAGAGUCACGACGGCCUGGGCAAGAUCACAAGCGUGAGGGUCACCCUUACGCCCAGAGAACUCGAGGAGUGGGAGGAUCUCGACGUCUGAGCACACCCUACCUCACCGCUGUGUUCAAGGCCUUGAAUCUUUCGUUUGUGAUAGUCGAACUGUAAAAUGUGAGAGGAUUUCCCAACACUGGCUUUGGGAAGUCUUAGUUUUAUAGAUUCCAACGGUAGAGACUAAGAUUUAAGGUCACAGUAUACUGUGUUUGGGUCUAGUAAUGUCUGCCACAUGACGCUCAGAAUUCUUGUCUUGACAAAAAAAAAAUUAACAAAGAUCGGGUCUUUUUGUUAGUGUUCCAGUUUAUACUGUGGAAAAAAUGACAGUGUCAUUCACUUAAUUACAGAUUAGUAAUUUAGAGUAAUGCAUAAGUCAGUUUAAAGUUUUCAGUAUAUUUUAUAGUUUGGAAACACAAAGGAAUAUGUUAGGUCAUUGCAGUUAUAGUGGCAGUGGCAUCACAUGCUAGAAAUAUUUACUGUUGACUACAUAGUACUUACUGUAUAUUUCAUGUGACUUGCAAUGUCUGUUUUUUAUAUGUUAUGAAUACAAGUGGAUCUGUUUGUACAUGUCCUUAGAGAAUGAAGCUCAGGCAUAUUGCAGUUGGUCCAAGCUUUGCAAAAUCGCAAGAGAUAUUGAACAUUUUCUAUUGCCAUGGAUGUUGGCAGAUUUGAUUAAUUAAUGAUCCACUAGGAAUAUUUGAUGCGCCAAGGAUCAUCUGUUGCACUGUUGAGAGCUUAACUUUAUCUUUGAUAUUUUUUAUAAGUAGAGUGUUUCUUUGUGGAAUAUUUGCAAUCAUUGUAAUACUUUACAUAUAGUUUACUAUGUCUUUCACAGUAAUUCUAGAGCUAAUACAGUAUCUAGUCAAGAGAGUUUAGGAUGUAUAUAUUGUACUUUUAUGUUGUAGAGAUACUCACAUGGUGAUGGUUUGCAAAACAGAGACAAUGUAUUCCUUCAUUGAUAAGAAAAUAGCUCUUUACCUCAACCUUUAGUCAGAAGCUACCGCAUGUAUCAGAUUUACCAAAACUUGUCUAAAAAAAUAUCACAUUGGUUUUAACAUUUUUUUCUUGAACAGUUUUAGGUUUAAAACACUUUCGCAUUCCGUGAGAUCUGUAGAAAAUGUUUUUUUGUGAAUGUAAUUUUUGUACAUUUUGCUAUAUAAUACUAUGACAUACGGCUAUGUUGUUUUAUGAAGAAGCAAUUUUUGAGAGUGUUGUGUUCUCAUUAACAUGGGUGCUGACCUAAAGGCAAGGAAUACAGAGUUUUCAUUAUUAGCAGCAAUUUUUCCAAAGGGUAGAAGAAAUUUGAAUUGAUGUCAACAUAAGUAAAAAAUAUCAUUUGUUUAAGCUUAACAUAUCGACGUUGAUUUUCAUGUAAUUGGAAGCAUGAAUUAGAAGUAUUGCCAAUUUUCAUGACUUAAUGUUGCAUUCACUAGACGCUCUUAAUUCUCACUAAACCUCCGUUCUAGGGAAAAUUGAUUGCUAGUUUGAUCACUGUAUAAUAUCAUCUUAUCUGCAUUUCAUAUUUUUUUACUUCCCAUUUUUCUAAGAUAGUGGUAGAAUACUAAGACAUAUCACUAAAGAAAUGUCUUUUAAGUUUUUUUUUCCUAAUGCAAACAAAUGGAAAAUCUUGUUAAACAACAUCAGCCUGUUUAGAUCUGCUGUGGCAAUUAUUGUGCUGAAAGAUAUACUUAUGAAAUGCUUUCGAGAGACACUAGGUCAGACGUAUUUUUAUAUGUAUAUUAAAAUUGCCCACGCUGUAACAACUAAUAACUGAGCUAUAGUUUCGAUUUUUAUACUGUAUGAAAUAAGUAAAUAUAUAUAUAUAUAUAUAUUA